AUGGCUCUUGUUGGAAAGGAAUCUCGCAUUGUUGAAUUGGCUAACAAGAUCAGCCAUUCCGUCACUCAACUGCAGUCCGUUUUUGACGCUCAAGGUCUACCUCCACCCUCAUUCGAUGAGAACGCCAUUAUAACGAUUCCCCGAGAAGGCGCUGAAGCUCAAGAUGCUGUACUGGAUGCCACAGCUGAGCUGCAUGACUUGCUUCUGGAACCCACAACUCUGAUCUUGAAGCAUAGUGCGAACAACAGUGUAGGCAGCCUCGGUUUUGUCUCCCGCUUUGAUAUCCCAAACAUGCUGCCCCUUGGUGGUCGCCUGACGUUUUCAGAAAUCGCGGAGAAGACAGGGUUCAAGGAAAGUGUCGUGUCGCGGUUCAUACGUGACUGUGUAUGUAUGCGCAUUUUCUGCGAGCCUGAGCCAGGCGUCGUAGAGCAUACCAAGGCGUCAAAGGCCCUCCGUGCCCCGUGGUUCUUGGCUUUCGUUAGGGCAGGCGCCGAGGAAGGAUGGGGCACUAUGUUCAAACUUGUGGAAGCACUUCAGAAAUGGCCGAACUGCGAGGAACCAGACCAAACCGCUUUCAACAUCAUGAACAAUACCACUGGAUCAUACUUUGAGAAUGUGGCAAACGACCCAGCGAGGGCUGCCCGAUUUGGGGCAGGAAUCGCGAUUCAGUGGGAAUUCCCGGGAUACCAGCUAGACUAUCUCUUAGACGGCUAUGACUGGGCCGCUCUGGGCCCCACCAAGAUGAUUGACUUAGGGGGAUUCAAAGGCAGGAUCUCCAUCGCACUCGCUGAGCGAUACCCCAACCUUGACAUACUAAUCCAGGAUAUGGGCAUGAACAAGGAUGAAGCCCAUGCGGCUGUGCCAGACAAACUGAAAAGCCGCAUCAAUUUUAUGACGCAUGACAUGUUUCAGACCCAAACUGUUGGCGCUGACGUCUACUACAUUCGACAAGUGCUUCAUGACUGGCCAGAUAAGUACGGUAUAAAGGUGUUGCGGGCACAGAUUCCGGUUCUAAAGAAGGGUGCCCGAAUCCUAUUGAAUGAAUCUCUUCUACCUGAGGUUCCAGGUAGUUCUCUCCCUCUGUGGAAGGAGAGAGACUUGAGGACGAUGGACAUGGGACUGAUUGCCACCAUGAAUGGUUCCGAGCGAACUUUGAACGAAUGGAAGCGGAUGGUUGCCGAGGCAGACCACCGAUUCGUUGUCAAGCAUGUGUUCCAACCUAUUGGAUCCAUGUUGGCGAUAAUCGAAAUCGUUUGGGAACCUUAA